UAGAUCCAUGUAGGGAGGUCGGACAGAGGUGCAGUUGAGAGGAUCAGGAUGCGAGAUUGAGUCUUGGGCUUUUUCGUACAAACAGAGUUAUGGUGGGCAUGUCACAGCGUAGCGGCAUGCGCCUACCUGUGGGAGAGACUCCCCCGCUGGGGGAGGAGAACGUGUCACCAAACGAAGGAGGCGAAGAACAGCGACGGGAAUCGUCCGAGGAUAAGCGCGAAUCUCCGCGCGAGAAGGCUGGCGAAGGAGCGCAAGAGUGGGACGAGGAGAUUUGUGGCUCUAGCAACGCGGCGCGGCUAAGAGAGUUUGAGCAGCUGCGGAGGGCCUCAAGAGAGUCACUGCUAGCGUAUUACCGGCGGGUGGAUCAGCUGGCUGACGUCAUCAGCUGCAACGAGCCACGGAUAGUGGUGGCGAAGUUCCUAGAUGGGCUGUCGAGAGAUCUGGUGGGGACGGUGCGAGACCACACGGAGCCCGGGCACUUCAAACGAGACUGCCCCAAGUUGCAAUCCUGUACAUAUUGCCAGCGAAAGGGGCAUGCGGCCGACGACUGCUACACGAAGCAGAGAGAGGAACGGAGCCGUGGGGGCAGACGCAGUCGCAUAGAAGCACUGGAAGAAGAGCUCAGGAAGCUCAAGGGGGAGGCGGAGGGCAGCGAGGAAGAGGAGGACUAGGGAGCACUAAUGGCUUGAACAGAC